AAUCACAAGUCAAAACAAACAAACAAACAAAAUAAACAUCAUUCAUAAGUAAGUUAUUUAAAUGAAAUACUAUACAAUGUUAUUUAUAAUUCAUUAAAAGGAUAUGCUUUAUGUAAUCUAUUAAUGAUAUAAUCAUUGUCAAGAUAUUAGAAUUAAUAAAUGAAUAAUAUAAAAGAUAUUUUUGUAUAAUUAUAUAUGUAUCUCAUGUUUAUUGGAUAAAUCUAGAGCAGUAAAGCAAUAGGACUAGAUAACAUUCAAUCAGAGAUACUGAAAGUAGAUAUAGCAGUAAAUGCAUACUCUUCAACAAGAUAUAGAAUAUAGAAGAAGAAGUAUCAACAAAGUAGAAAGAAAGACUUGUAAUUUAGCAUCAAAGAAAGGUGAUCAAAAUGGAUUGGAUCUAUUUGAUUUAUGUUAUUAUUGGUUUAUUUCUCAUCAAACAACUUCUCUCUCUUCUAUAUAUCAUAUUCAUUUAUACAAUUGGAAAGAGAUUAUUUUCUAAAAGGAAAUUAUUAAAACAUGCUGGUGAAUGGGUAAUUGUAACUGGUGCAACAGAUGGAAUUGGUAAAGUGUAUGCUGAAGAAUUAGCUAAAGAUGGUUUAAAAAUUAUGUUAAUUAGUAGAAAUGAAGAGAAACUUUUGAAUGUUGCUCAUGAGAUUGAACGUAAUUAUCAUGUUGAGACAAGAAUAGUAACAGCUGAUUUCACAAAGAUUGAUGUCUAUCAAAGAAUAAAAGAAGCUAUAGAUCAAUUAUCAUCAAUUGCAUGUUUAGUAAAUAAUGUUGGUAUGGGUGUUCCUAAAUUAGACUAUUAUGCAACAACAGAUUACAUGUCUAUAGAUUUUAUUAAAAAGAUUGUGUUUUGUAAUAAUCUACCAAUUGCUAUUAUGACCCAUUUAGUAUUACCGAAAAUGUUAAAACAAUCAACAAAUGGUAUGGCUAUUAUUAAUAUUGGAUCACAUUCUGGUUAUAGAGCUUUUCCAUUUUUAUCAUUAUAUUCAGCAACUAAAUCAUUUGUGAAUCAAUUAUCUCGAUCAAUCUCUAAUGAAAAUUAUGAUCAUCGUAUUAUUAUACAAACAGUUUGUCCAAUGUUUGUAUCUACAGCAAUGAAUGGUUAUUGUAAAAUGUCUAUAUUUGUACCUAAUGCAAAAGAAUAUACUAAAAGUGCAUUAGAUAUGUUAGGUGUUGAAAAUGAAACAUUUGGUUAUAUUGGUCAUGCAAUUAAAGAAUAUUUAACUAGUUUAUUACCAAAUUCAAUUUGGAGAUAUUAUAUGUUAUUUAUGAAAUCAUGGUUUGAUAAACAUAAAAAACAAUAAAAUAUUGUUAUAUAUGUAGUUGCCAUGGUGAAUAAACAUGAAAAACUGAUAAUUUCAUAUAAUAAAAUUUGAUUGAUUUUUCUUAAUCUUUACUUUGUUUUUUUUUUCGUUAUAUAUUACAAUAGUUGAAAUCAUGAGUCAGUUGAAGUUAGACCACCAUAGAAAACCUAGAAGUAAUGGACAGAUGUUUUGUUCUAGUAUAAGACUCCUCAGGAGUGCGUAUCCAUGAUCUCGGCUUGCGAAAUUCGAACUUAGGACUUAUCACUCUCACGCGUGAGCGCUUAAUCAUUAGACAAUGGUGUAAUCUGAUGCGAUUUUCUGGAUUAGUUGAAGUUAGACAUUAACACUGUUGAAUGUCUGUCUGCUCAGCGGUCUAAUGAUUAAGUGCUCGCGCGCGAAAGUGAUAGGUCGUGGGUUCGAAUCUCACGAUGCGAGAUCGUGGAUGAGCACUGCUGAGGAUUCCCAUACUAGGAACAAACGGCCAUUCAGUGCUUCCAUGUUCUCCAUGGUGGUCUAGUUUCAACUGACUCAUGAUAUCAACUAUUGAAAUUACUAAAGCCUUUACAAAACCCUUUCUAAUGAUUAUAUAUUAAUCAUAAAUUUUAUAUCAAUAAAUUUUUUCUGUAUUGA